AUGGCGCCUGGAAAAACACAUGUGCAUUCGAAGCAUAAAAACAAACUCCAUUCAAAAAGAAAAAGCAGUUCUGGGGUUAAAAAGGCUAAGAAGAACACCCUUUCUAACAAGCAGGUAACAUUUCAUGUCAUUUUUCUAAAGGAGUGGCUAGCACUGGUUAACGGAGAUACUAGUAUGUUAUGGUUUCUAGUUGCCGAUAAACUGCUAGACGCAAAGCUGGGUGAUGUUUGUGAAAAGCGUUCCAAGCGAUUGCCAUGCCACGCAAACUAAUUCAAACUUUAAUCAUUUUGUUAACACACGCGUGAGAAUCGUUCGACUGCAAAGGGGGAAAAGUUGGUGUUUGAGCGGUCUGAAGAUAGCCGGUCAGAGACCAGGAAAACUAUAUCCAGCAACCUUUAAUUCUGAGACAGUUUAACUUGACUGAAAAAACAAGACUGCAUGCCAAGGAAUUAAAAUUACUCUAGCUUCUUCAUAUUUCCUUGUGAAGAAACCACCAGAAUUUGGUGUUAGAUCAAGAUGUCAACCCCUAGCUGAUAAUUUUGAGUAUUCUCAUUACCUAUUUGCUGGCUGAUGUACAGAUAUUAUUGGGAGAGGUUACAUAUUAAUAACUUCUGGGAGUUAAAGGAUUAAGUGUGAAAUCCAACUGGUAAUUCUUAUUCAUUGGUGUGUUGAUUAUCUUUCAUUUUUUUAUGCAGUUGAAAGAGAAAACACUCCAACAGAUUGAAGAAGUUAACAAGAGUUUUACAGCUGUUCAUAACAUAACAUCAAUUAAAAGCAGAACUCAAAGGGAAUCUGUUUCUACAGAAACGCUAGCAAAUGUAAAGGUAUGUACACUUUUGUGCACCCUGUGGCCCACAACUGCUGGAAGCUAUCUUAAUGUUGUAUCUUCUAAGGUGUGGCAGGAAAUAUUUUAACCCUCUCCUUCAAUACAGGUUCUUGAUACAACCUCACUUACCCUUCCUCAAGGCCUUCUCUUACCCAAAUCUAUCACCAUAGACCCACAUAUAUGACCACUGCCCAGUAUUAACCAUGUACACCCCAACAUCAGCAUCCAUAUUCUACAUAAUCUUCUCUAACACUUCCUUUGGUGCUGACAAAGAUAAUUUAUUUAACCCUUUACACCCUAUCAUCAGAAUGUAUAUUCUCCAUACUGAUACAUUUCCUAAGGUGCCUACAAGGGAAAUUUCCUCAACAAUCAAAAGCUUCUUUCGUUGUUGAUCAUUUCCCUUAUUCUCCUUACAUUAUCUUGUAUGAUUCAGGGAUGAUAUUGUAGAGAGAAAUAAGAUACAAGUCACUCAUGGGGGUUUAAGGGUUAAUGAUCAAAGCUUCUCAGGUUGAUGAUGAUUUCCUUUUUUCUCAUGAUCUUAAUGAAUGAUUCAGCAGUAUUCCUGUAAGGAGAAAUUACAUGCUGGUCACUCUCAGGGUUUAAAGGGUUAAAUUAGAAAGCUGGUCCAUGCUUGCUUACCAACAUACUAACUUAGUUAAUAGACAACUUACCUCAGUCUCUUGUUCAGACCAUGCUCUGUUUAUACUGUUUUUCAAAAUUGCACUUUAAUUGAUAUUGAGUUUACUUUUUGGCACAGAUCAAUAAAGAGAAACUCAUUCUACCCAAUACAAACGUUACACAAGAAGAGCUGUUAAAGACUGUUGAAGACAUUGCAAACCUCUAACAAUGAUCAAGAUACUGACAACUCAAUCAAAGAUUGUUGUAAACAUUGCAAACCUCGAAGAAUGAUCAAGAUAUUGACAAUUCUGAGGGACUUAUAUGGUACCUGUUCCUUUAUUCAACAAAUAAUUUUGGUCGAUUACAAAAUUAUGUCUCACCCUACUCUUGAGGAGGUUUGAGUUUACUUAUAAAAUUCCUUGAUGUAAACUUCAAGGAUCCUGUGCAAAUUCUUCACAUAAAAGCAAAGCGUCUCACAGAGCAAACGAAAUGCUAUCGAGUCAGCAAACUAUUCCCUGUGUUUAUAAGAAACACAAAUGACGUAUUUGCUUUCAAGCAAAAAUCUUUUUCCUGGCUGGUCUACGCUUUAGUCAUCCUUACCAUCACUGUAAUCAUGACAAGAAGAUAAUUUUUUUCUCAUAAUAAAAACAUCUUGUUGGGAUAUGAACGGCGUGGCUUUGAGUCUUAAUCAAUUUCAUCUUGUGCAGCAUUCUGUCAGUGGCGUAUCGAUGAAAAGUGCGUAUAUUCUUCAUUCGGCGAAGCACAUUUUCAAGGCAAAGGGUAGGGCGUGAACAAAGCGCUUGGGCUGAUUUCAAGGUGUUUCUCUGCAACUUGUCGAAGAACGUUUUUGGGACCUUCAGUCUUACAAACACAGACUUACAAAUAAUUGCCCAAUUCUUCCUUGUUAUAGCGGGUAGCUGUUGUGAUUACCACGUUGCGAGAUUUACGCCACGUUAGCUUCCAUCGUCAUGAUAGGAUUGCGGCCAUGAAGAUGAAUCUCUCUCUCUAGCUGGUGAAAAUACCCAGUGAGAUAUGAUCAAGUCAUGAGCUUAGUUACCAAUUUCUACCAGAUCCUUUACUGUUUUCUGUAGCGUGAAACAACUGGAGUGAUUUUGAUGUACCUUCGCGGGAAAUGCUGUCGCACCGGCGUUACCUUUGCGUUUUUCAGUCAAGCGAGGGCUAAGCGCGAGAUGAGCGCAAAGGAGUAUGCUUUUCAGGCUCUGAUCAUGCGUGAUCCGCGCUUCUUUCUCAACUCGCGCUUCCCUCCACUUGCCUGAAAGACACACAACAAAUCAAAGCCUGUUCUACUUGCAAAGGCGGGAGGCUUUGUAUCACAGAUACCGUGUCAAUCGUUUGUUGCUACUUAUUUACACUCUUGUUAAAGGAAAACAAUAUGACAGCUCUGUCUAAUUCAAAACACAACAUGAUUUAUCCAUUCAAAGCUGAAAUCCGGACCUUCAGCUGGCUACCAGGCCAACGUGUCCUUCACAUGCUAAUUAAAGUGAGAAUUAAGUAUUUUUAGCGUCUUAUAAAUGAACCAAUCGAUGUCAAAAGUUGAAUUUCAGUUUCUUCGAGUAUAGUGCUUGUUCCCAAUGAGCUACUCCUCUCCCCCCUCCACGCUUGAGAAUUCACGUUAUCGAAUAGUAAAAUUCAAGCGAAAAAUGUCCGGAAAAAUGUAUUCUCUUGCAGUUAAUUGAGUCAAUCGUGUUAUCUCUGUUUCCGUAACUGUGCAUUGACAACAUGUUUGCAUUCCAGUAUAACCACAGGAAAAUGAAAACUUUCUUUAACGAAACAACAUGCGUAUCUAUUGAACUAUUUUCGGUUUUCUACAGUGAUUAUAAGUCCUGUUAAAACGUCUUUGUAUAGCAUUUAUUAUCACACAGAACGAACUAUAUCGAAUGUAUUGUGACUAUUGUUUGCCACAAGCAUCGGUAAACAAAUGUUAAAAAAGACGACAACAACUUUAGUUUAAUUACAUGCGCGCAUGUGAAUCGCCCUAAAAACAUUGGCGACAACCUGAACCUGCGAUAGACGCGUCGUAGCAGACCAGACAAUCCUAGAGGACGAGAGCAGCACAACACAAAGCGAAAUAGCUCUUUGAUUGUCAAGUAUUUUUUAACUGACAAAUGUCUCGGGCAUCGAAAGCGGUAAGUAUCAGAAACUUCACUCCAAAAGCUCGUUUUUUAAAGUAGAAUCCGUAGGGUAAUUACAGGAAUUCUCUCAGCUUUAGAAAGUUUAUUGGACAUUAACGACAAGGAUUUCAUUAGUGACCGGUGUUCACCGAUCAUGAGGAAGUUAUUGUAUAAUAGCUUUAGAAAAGGACUUCAGUUAAGCAAAAUAAUCAUUUGUUCGUCGAUGUUCCAGUCGGCGAAGAUUUCAACUCUUUGACUGUUCACUGAAUGCCAAUCAAUCAAGUUAAUUGCUUAAUUAAAGUGAAUAUAUAAACUAAGUAAACUUUUAUUACUUGUACAUUUAAUUUAGGCUUCAUAACAAUAGAGCUUCUGGAGCUAAUUAAGAUAAAAGCAUUUUUGACAAAUGUUUCCGUGAAAUUCGUCUCGCAGCUUAUUACUGUGAUUUUGUUAGAGACCCGCAUUCUCUCGCUUCUUUAGCAUUCUUGAUAGCCGCACUACAAGAUAUUUAGAGAAAGACUUUCACUGUUGGGAUAUUAAAAGUGUUAACACUUUAUGGAUGUAUGUGAGAAGGGUACCUUUUGGGUAAAAAAACAAUAACGACAAUAACGACAACAAAAGAACAGGGCUAUGUUGAGAACGCACCUCUACUUAAUUCCCCUUGACCCCUCCCCUAAUCUCGUACCCAGAUCCUACCUUGUAACUGUGGAAGGUCAGGGUAGGAGACUACCCCUCCCCCCUCCUCUCCCCCUCCCCCCAGUCGCUCUGACUUAGGGCUAACGCUCGAAACGUCAGCUUUUUAACUCUUAAGGGUGGCUAAUUUACGUUAUCAACCCAGCUGAGAGUACUAAAUUACCCUGUUAAACUCUCCGACCGACGCAGCAUUACGGUUUCCUUAGAAACUUACCAACUCCUCCCUCACCUCGAGUUCCGCACAGUAGCGGGGUUCUUAUCACCCAUUUCCCGAUAUUUGUCGUUCGCAGGUUUUGGAAGCAUUAGGUUUUCAAACGAAUUCGUACGGUAUGUAUCAAACUUAAUUUAAUUACUGAGGCACUGGUAUCCUUAAAUCUGAGAUUCUUGCAAAGUGGAUCGCCACAUUCGAUCGCAUACCGCAGGUUUCCUUCCGGCGAUCCUGAGAAGAGUAUUUCACUAUAUUUAGAAGGUUCUAUCUUCAUAUAAGUUUAAAUUCUUUUGAAGGAUUUGCGAGAAAGUGGAGAGAAGAUUAAAUGGAGAAUUUUUCUUUGAAACCUUAGGAGUUCAGAGGAUAAUAACGCUUGUUUGAUCAGUGGUCUUUUUUUCUUUUAGCCUCGACGGGACGGGCGGAUCUUCAAGAAAGAAGAAACAGUGAACAAUUAACGGUAUGAUAGCUUACAAGAUAGACUAUUUUUCACCGAAUUCCUCUUCGUUUAAAUAUUGCGUUAGGGCAGUCGAUCAAUUUUUUCUUUUUUCUUUUUGAGAGCUUUUUGGUGGCUCUAUGUUCCUUUAGUUCAUGUACAGGUGGAGCCGCUCAAUUUAUCACGCGCAGAUCAACCAAAAGCUUAACUUGGACGGUUGGAAUCGGCGAAUUCCUACAACCGCGGAGUUUCUGAAUUCUUCCACCAUUCGGCUCUUCAUCUUUUAUCCUUGCUUCAACCAGUUUUCAUAUCGCACUACUUUUUUCAGGUUUCAUAUUUAGAAAGAAAAUGGAACCAGUCAGCAAGCGAAGGGAACCUCCCCGGAAUUGUUGCAUUAUUGGAACAGGAUCCAAACCUUGUAACAACACAGGUGCCUAAUUAAAUGAUUUUUGGAACUGGCGCCGAGAUACAAUGAAAAGAAAACUUUCUUCUUAGUUUCGUACUCGUAGCAAUAUGGCAAUGAAGAUUUAAAGAAAAGCCAAGCUAUAUACAUGGUCUUACCUUGGGGGGGGUGGGAGUGGAGGAAGGGCUAUCUUGGGGUACAUGCUAAGUUGCUAUAGGAUAUCUUAAAAAGCGACUGCGAUUCUUUUGAAGAGAAUUUAAUCUGUGUCGUGCUGCCUGGUAUUUCUCUGAAAAGAGUAUCUGUGAAAAAAAUGAUUGUUGAAUGCCGUUUGGAAUAACCAGGAAAAUGUGUAGCUGGAAAUUGAAAAAAUUUCUGAACAAAUAUGAAUAAGUAUUCUCUUUCAUUUAUUCCAGUUGUACUGAAACUUGUUUUUUUUCUCUACAAAUUUUCCUGUCAAAGGAUUUUGUCAUGGUAAGCUAUCACCUCUUUUUUUUCUUGGUUCGCAUAUAUAUAUGUUCCAACUAGCUUUACCUGUCCGUCAAGUAGACCUUGCUGGGUCAAACCUGGACAGUUGAACUCAUGACCACUGUGAUAUCGGUUUUUAGUUGGUAGGGUUUUGGUAGAGCACUGCACUCUCUUUCGCUUAAUAAUUUAAAAUUUCUUUAAUAUUUGCUCAUUCAUUCUCAGUCAACAUCUUUUUUCUUUCAUGACCACGGCUAUGAUGGUGGAUAAACAACUAAAGGGUGUAAGUAACGCAUUACUCAUUGGAUUCGUUUUGUCUUACGAUAAUUAAUAAAAUUUAGUUUACUAAACAAUGGUUUUCAUUCUUUCUUCUUUUACAAACGGCUCUUCACGCUUCUUGAUUCCAGUUUGUAAGUAUCUUUACUUUUGCGAUUAAAAAAUUAAAAAAAAAACAAAGGCCUUAAAUUAUAGCUCGUCCGAGUCUAAAUUUCGGCCAUAAUUAAGUCUGGAAACAAAUCAAGAGGUUUAUCCUGCUGGUGUGUCUGCGGCAUGAAACAGAGGUGCAUUACUACUUCACCUGUGUUUGAAGCUAAUCCAGGAAACCCAAUAUUUCGUUAGGUUUCCAAUAACACGCCAGGAUCAAGAGAGGUGUAGUGAGAGGGAAGUGUUUUGCUCAAAGAGCUCAAAUCUGGACUUCUCGACUCGGAGUUUAACUCCCUAAACAUGAGACUACAGAUAACUACGUAUUAUACACUAAAUAAAACAAUCGGACUCAUGCACAUUUGGAUUGGUUUUUUGCAGACUGCUCUUCAUUGGGCUGCCAAAAAAGGGAGAAAGGAUAUCGCCGAACUUCUCAUAAAUACAGGAAUAGAUGUAAAUAUGAAAUCGGUAGGAAUUAAAUUUAUGUUCUAAAUAUCUGUCUCUUUUUUAAUGAACUAAUAAAUUUUAUAUAUACGGGCUGAGUUAUGUUUUCUUUUCGUCUCCCACAAUUCUUCAACGCUGGACAUGAUGGUUUGUGUGGCAUUCUAUUAACGGUUCUUCAAUUGGCCAGAAGGUGAGAGUUUGCCCUCACAUUUUUUAUUACAUGACGCUUAUAGCUUAAUUACUGGCCGAUCAUAAAAGAAAAUGUGGGGGUGGGGGUUGAACUUCUCUGUUGGAGAAAAUGAGAGAUCGUCUGGAAGAGAACAUAUUGCACCUGAAUAUCACCAGGGCCUUAUUUCAUUAUGGUAAGGGGUGUCUCCCGUUGCUCGAUUCUAACAAACUUUUCUUUUUGGUUGAUCAUGUUCCUCUUUGGCGUCUUGGACGAAACUGUUAAGGGGGUAAGUCGAUAUUUCCUCGUAAAUAUUUUCUUUUGUCUUGUUUUUGUUUUUUCCUUUCUUUUUUUUGUCUUUUAGGGGGGAGGAGAAGGUGGAAGAUGCUGCAUUAAAAUGGCGGUACACCUAGCCGAGGGUUAACGUUCCUGGCAAAGAAGUUCAUACACUUUAAAUAACAAGUUGACAAGCAACAUCAACUCUUUGUUUGUCAUUAACCCCUAGUAGGUGGCGUUUACUCGGCAAACUGUGGCCUAAUUCGCACACGAAGAAGAAGCUCCUUUGCCGAUAUAACUUUUACGAAUGUAUCUGACGCGCCGAAAAUAAAGUAAUUCGAAUGAUUUUAUUUCAGGGAUACACUGCGUUACAUCUCGCCGUGAUCCAAGGCCGAGAAAACGUCAUUGCUUCUCUGUUUGACAGCGGUAAGAAAACAUUUGCUCUUGUCUCAUGCUUACUCAUAUUUUCCAGACUGCUAUCUUUACUUUAAUUUUCCUAUGGUACUGAGAAGGAGAGUUUGUUUGACAAUCAGGAGCUUCUUAACGUGGUGAUCAUUUCUUCUAUUCUCAUAACCUUUUCAUUUGAUUCAAGGGUAAAAUGUAAGGAGAAAAUAGAAGCCAGUCACUCUUGGGGGUAAAUAAUUUUAAGUUUAUGUUCCUUCGUUUCGCUUUGAGUCUAGAAAAAAAAAAGUUAAAUAUGGCAGAACUGGAGACCAAGAUCAGUGUUUCUUAAUUACACCUUAUCGUCGUCUUUUUUCUCCUCACAUGAAAGGAGCGGAUGUUGACGUGCGCGAUAACAGUGGUCGGAAACCCAAGCACUACGUUAAGGAGACUACAUCGCUCUGGAUACAAAGUAAGAUGUCUGAAAACCCGUUUAUAGAACAUGCGCACUUCAAUAACACAAUGGCCGUGACUAAAGUUUUUCCUAAAGAGUUUUUCCUCUUUAAAAAUUUACAUGGCUCGUACUUUUACGCAGUGCGUCAUCAGGUAGCGUUGAGUCUUUCACCACGUGAAAUUUUGCGCUGUACGCACUCUUAAGAAGUGCUGGCGGUAAUUUAACGAGUGGCAUCUUGCUAACAUGCGCUUGUUUCUAAACAGGCUUUGAUGUUAUGAACUCCUUAGUGCUACUAGUUAAGUAUUUAUGUUAUUUCAUUCUUUCAGAAAAACUUGGAAAGACAUUGGCACCGUCAGGUUGGUGUGAAGAUUAUGACUUGCAUAUAAGAACCUAAGCGAAAAGGGGGCGAAAAUCAAAUUAGCGUUCUUCUGCGUAACCGUGACUAGUCAGUUACCGACCGUUACAGGGUUUGCUGAGUGAUGGAAAUAUAAAUCGUAGAUAUUCCCGAUCGUCUGGAAUUAUCAGAAAACCGGAGAUUCGGGAGCGUUUUUCUUUAUCAUUAUUUGUACGACGCGUGUGAGAUUUUUGUGUUGGCCGGUUCUUACCAACGAAAAAUUACUAUCGUCAAGGAUGUCGGUGAUGGGUUGGGUAUAGGUUAAUUAAGCUUGUUACCAGUCUUCAGUUGCUUGUUUCCAGUCCCAUCACGUUCUCUCUUGGAAUAAAUAGAGUAACUGACGUCCGAUUAAUCGACAUAUUGACUCAGUCUGACGUGGUAGGGAUCGAUCGUCUAGCAUUUUCUGAAGUGGCAAAAAAAUUCUAAAAACUAAUCCGAAAUAUAACUGUAGACCAGCUAAACCAGGAUUUCCUCCUCCUGCCAUUGCAGUUUUGGUAUCAUCUGGCGAACCCCUAAACAAAGGACUUCAAAAUAUCGGCUCCAUAUUCUUACAGAUGAAAGUACUAAGCAAUUCACUUGGAACAGGUCUGGACAAACUGGACGAGGAACCGGGAACAUUAUCUCCCCUAACACCACGAAAGAAAGCGGCAAGAUCGGUAACGUGUGUGUUUAGAGAGUAUACGGGGAAGCACACAAGAUUUCCCACGUUAUCUCUUUGCAAAGUGUUGAGCUCCCUUAAAAAGCUCGAGGGCUUUUAGUUUACAUGAGUUUCGUUAGACCAAAACCAAACUAAUCACAACAGCCAAUCAGAUGAAGGGGAAAAAGCUUUUAGCGGCCGAUGAGCAAACUGCUUCAAGCGCGGGAAAUCAAAAGUGACCAAGUCGCAGGUGCAUGGCUCAAUUUUGAGUCUGAUUGGUUGAGAAAUUACACGAGUUUGCUCGACCGACCACAUAGCUAGGUAAAUUAACACCUCAGCAAUCCCUGUUUAUCCUCAUACUAAACUUAAACUUAAUGCAACUCGAAGAGGCGGCUAUGAAUUGAAGGGAGGAAUCGGAAAGGCUAAAUUUUGGUCUUCACGAACAAAUUUUGCGUGGUGGUUAAUACAUCGAAUAGUCCGGUUUCAAGCCCCGGCCUGGAUCUGUGUGUUGUGUUUCUUCGCAAGACAGUAACCCUUAUUACCAGUAGAACCAAUUAAUGCGAACUUUAUCACUAUUCCAAUUAAUCCGGCAUCGUUAUAUUUAUAACUUUCUAAUUAAGAACAGAAACUGAAAUGAGUUUCUCGAUUCCUCUUCCGAUUUCUAGGCGUCCUUUGUCAAGAUCUGCAGAAACGUUACUGGCAAAUUUAAGGACAAAAAGGCAUCUAAACUGGAAAUCCCUGAAGAUGUUGAAGACGUCACAGGGUGAGUAUUGAUUUAGUCCAAUUCGACACGUUACGGUGGACAGUGGCCCUCCCGCCUCAAAACGAAAAAAAGAGUGCUUUUUUUUUCGGGAUUUCUCGAUGAAAGUUCGUAAAAGGGAACUGACGAAAUUACAACUGCUAAUCAGAACAGCGGAAAAUAUCACAAGGGACCAAUGAGAGCUCAAAGUAAACGCCAGCUGUCUCCAGCACCAAAGAUGGCGAGUGAAUAAAAUCGCGAUUAGUUGAGUUUGAAUAUAAUUCAGGAAGUCGCAUGAGAUUUUUUAAACCAAUCACAAAAGUGAACAGACACCUAACAAACACGAACUACUUUCGACAAUCAAAGCUAAAAGCCGUUGUUCUAUAAAAUAACUCUAUUUUUGCUACGAGACAAUCUUCUCUUUUGUAACUCCACACCGAAGGAUCAAUCAGAAAACAUCCUCGGCCUCAAAAAGACCCUAGAAGAUCUCUUAAAAUCUUAUUCUUUGCAUUGCAGCUAUCACAGGACAGGAAGAGCAAGAUCCGCUCCAGAUAUCAAUCACAUUACAGAAUGGAGUCCGCGUAUUAUACAAGUGAUGCCUUAG